UUAAAUCCUGUCAGUUGCCUGGUGACGCCGAAGCUCCUCUCGCCAGUUUCCUGUGCCUUGUAUCACCCAAAACAAGUUUGAAAAACAAAUCACCGUCGUUACAUUGAGAAGAAGUCAUUUAACUACUGCACACUGAAAAAAACCUCUCGCUAUGUGAUACAGGCAGCAUCUCUGGGAGGAGGAUCAUGGACGGAUAUUUAUUCGUCAGAGUUGUGGGGAAGGGGAGCUACGGGGAAGUCAACCUGGUCCGACACAAAUCCGACCGUAAACAGUAUGUGAUCAAGAAGCUGAACCUGAGGACGUCCUCCAGACGUGAACGGCGAGCAGCGGAGCAGGAGGCGCAGCUCCUUUCCCAGCUUAAACAUCCCAACAUCGUCAUGUACCGGGAAUCAUGGGAAGGCGAGGACUGUCAGCUGUACAUCGUGAUGGGCUUCUGUGAGGGAGGAGAUCUGUACCACAGACUCAAACAGCAGAAAGGAGAGCUGCUGCCUGAGAGACAGGUGGUGGAGUGGUUUGUUCAGAUCGCCAUGGCUCUUCAGUAUUUACACGAGAAGCACAUUUUACAUCGAGAUCUGAAAACGCAGAAUAUCUUCUUGACCAAGACCAACAUAAUCAAGGUGGGCGAUCUGGGCAUCGCACGAGUCUUGGAGAAUCAGAACGAUAUGGCCAGCACUCUGAUCGGCACACCGUACUACAUGAGUCCGGAGCUGUUCUCCAACAAGCCGUACAACUACAAGUCGGACGUGUGGGCGCUGGGAUGUUGUGUGUAUGAGAUGGCAACCCUAAAGCAUGCCUUCAAUGCAAAGGACAUGAACUCACUUGUGUAUCGGAUCGUAGAAGGAAAGUUACCACAGAUGCCAAGUAAGUACGACCCUCAGCUGGGAGAACUGAUAAAGCGCAUGCUGUGUAAGAAGCCAGAGGACAGACCAGAUGUCAAACACAUCCUCCGACAGCCAUAUAUUAAACAUCAGAUCUCCAUGUUCUUGGAGGCCACUAAAGAGAAAACCGCCAAGUCACGGAAAAAUGCAGCGAAUGGCAAACUGAACAGUGCUGGAUCAGAUGCGUCUACCAAACCAAAUCAGGCUGAAGAAAUAUAUUUGAACCGACAAAAACCCUGUAAUGGUGCCUGGGAAAAUGUGGCUCCUAAACAUCACAUGCCCCCCAAAUCUCCUACACAAGACAUUCAUAACUCAACAGGCCAAUCUAUAGCCACUAUUAGCAAUAUAGACAUUGAAAUACAGAAACAGAGAAAAGCCAAACCACCAAAACCCAGCAGCCACCAGAACAACAACCUGCCAUCUGUGAGCAAGAGGAGAGAGAAAGAAGACCCCGGUGCUCCUCAAACACACCCUCACAAACAAGUGUCUGGUGUCGGCGGGACGGAGGAUAAGAUGUCAGCGAAUGCAAGUUCAAUAACACCCAAACAUGCAGAUGGAACCAAGAUGCCAAACAAGAGUAAGGCUCUUGAUGUAAGUUUGGACCUUAAAGACGACACCAUGAAGCUCCUGCAGGAGGCAGGGGUGCAGGACCUCCCAUACGAGCCCACUGAGCUACAUCACAAUGCGGAGCAAAAGACCGAGAGCCAAAGAACAGCUGAUAAUCAGAGCAACGCUGGUGUCCUGAAGGAUGCUCCUACUGGAAGUUCAACCGAGGAGAGUGAGGGAAGUUUAGAUUCCACAGAGAAACUACUCAAGCCUGUUCCUGUAAUAUUUAUGGAGCCGUCCCGUUCAGAGUCGCCUGCAGCUCUAUCAGAUGAAGGCAGGCCCUCGUCCUCGUCUUCUGAACCCUCCAUGUCCCGUCAGCGCAGGCAGAGGAGAAAAGACAAGUCCCAGGACCUGCAGAACGGCAUACAAGAGAAAGUGUCCAGACCUCUGCCUCCUCUCCCCGAAGAUGGAAACAGUGCACAGAAAGACCAGAGCACACCAGCCAAUCUCUCGUCCACUAACAAGAGCACAGACCAGCAGAAUCGUCCACUGUCAGCCAGAGAGAGGAGAAGACUGAAGCAGUCGCAGGAGAACUCCACACAACAAGUCGUGUCCGCUGUCAAAAGGCCAUCUUGUGAUGUGCCCUCAUUAGACAGUGAGCAGAUACACCAGACUGACUGUCCGAGAGCUGCUAGAACAACAGUGGACACAACAAAGGAGAGGAAGUCCUCAAGGAGACAGUCUGAUGAAGACGAGUGCAGUUCCUCCACCAGCUCCACUGAACGCUCAGAGGGAGACUAUAGAGAACGAAAGUGUGAGAGCAAUGAGAUGCAAGACUUGGUGCAGAUGAUGACGCAGACGUUACACAUGGAUGGUAGAGAUGCAUUAUUUGAGCCUGACGGACCCAGAUGUCACUCCACUCCGCUGCCAGAGUUCAAACUCAAUAGGAAAUACCGAGACACGCUGAUGCUUCAUGGGAAAUCCAGAGAGGCGCAGGGAGAUUUACAAAUCACCGGCUUCCCUUUAGAUGACAGCACGGGUCCUGCAAAGGUCAGGAGGGUGAUUGAACACUUGCGCACUGAUGUUCUGAAAGGACUCGGGGUGAAGCUGCUGGACCGAGCGCUGGACAUCAUGCAGGAGGAGGACGAGGACAAGAGAGAGCUUUUGCUGCAGGAGCAAAUGGGUGAUGACAAAUACAAGCAGUUCGCAGUGAAAGUGCGGCAGCUGAAGUUCUUUGAGGACGUCGCUUUUAAAGACUGAGCCGCUCCACAAACACUGAUAAGCAAUUAUUACUGAUGAGCAGAAAACACACACACACACUUCACUGAAGCCUCCUAUCAACAAUCACUGUUACCGUUGAAUGCUUUUGUAAAUGUAUAGUGAUGAUAGAACACUAGAUAUGCAAUGAAGCUGUUAUUGCGCACCUUUAUAGUCAUCUAGGGGGAUGUGAAUCUAUGCUGUGUAGAAUCUUGAAUUUUGAAAGAGACGUUGAGAAUAGUUUUCCCUUUUCCUAUUUUCUGGACUGCGUAUUUAUAUUGCGAAUAAUGUAAAUCAAUGAGGAAUUUAUAAUAAAAUAUCUUUUUAGGAAACUCUU